AUGAUGUUUCGUCGUCUCUCCGCGGCCUUCAAAAUUCGUGAUCUCGGGACUCCGGGAUUCUUUCUUGGCAUCGAGACACUGGCACUUGAUGGUGGUUGCCUCCUCUCGCAAAAACGUUACAUGGUUGAUAUCUUAAAUCAGGCUGGUAUGUCAGACUGUAAGCCACUCACAACACCAGCCAUGGUUUCUCACGUUAACAGUUCCGCAUCCCAGCCAUAUGACAAUCUGACUCAGUACCGCCGUAUUGUUGGCGCCCUACAGUAUCUCACGAUCACGCGUCCGGAUCUGUGGUACGCUGUCAACCGCCUCUGUCAGUUUAUGCAUUCCCCUACUAACGACCACUGGGGCCUUGCGAAGCGGGUGUUGCGGUACGUCAAGGGAACUCUACGUUAUGGUUUGCGUCUCUCCCCCUCUUCUUCCUCGGCCAUUCAUGCUUUCUCGGACUUUGAUUGGGCAGGAUGUCCACACGACAGGAAGAGCACCAGCAGGUAUGCAGUGUUCUUAGGAGACAACAUCAUCUCCUGGCUCUGUCGGAAGCAGCGCACAGUGGCCCGCUCGUCAACUGAGGCAGAAUAUAAAGCCUUAGCCGAUGCCUCGGUUGCGGUCACCUGGGUUGUUUCACUACUUCGAGAACUUGGGCUGCACUCCGCACAGCCGCCAUCUCUGUGGUGCGAUAACCUUGGCGGCACCUAUCUUUGUGCCAAUCCAGUAUUUCACGCCAGAACUAAGCACGUUGAAAUAGAUUUUCAUUUUGUUCGGGAUAAGGUCGCUUCUGGGGAAUUUAUUGUCAACUUUGUAUCCACCAAGGACCAACUCGCAAAUAUCUUCACCAAACCGCUUCCAGGACCGCGUUUAAAUAAUAAAUAA